ACUCCUGACACAUACGGGAUCACUACAGGUUUUUGCCUGGGCAGCGGUUGUCCUUCUCUCCUGGAUCGGCUGGAGCUUUCUUUGGGUGUCUUUCCAGCUUUGACAAAAGUCCAGCUGGGAUAAUGUUAUAUUUUAUGAAGAAGCAAUGUCAUUGCCCCCACCCCCACACUCCAAAUACACACUCAAGCCGUGAAACACCACUAACAGUUCGCUGACAAAUAAUGAGUCACCAUGUUAGUUACUUAUUGACAGCUUCAGAAGUAAGUACAAACAGGACCAACACUUGACUCAAAGAUAGAGGAAUGCGAGGAACAAAAAGUGCACUAGUUUAUUUGUAGUUUCAGCAUUUCUUGGCAGAAGAGAACAUUCAUGCUGAUGGACAUCAUCCAAACUUCUAUCAUCCAAACUUCUAUCAUCCGGACUUCUGGGUUAACAGAAAAUGCAAAUCAAAGCUACUAUCAAAAUAAUCAUGCGCCAAGUUAGCAACUGUUUAAUGAAUAAAAUCCACACCUCUUCUGAUACCAUCUAGAUGCCACAAAAGAUGUUUGGAGGAAGAGGUGUAUUACACAUCCUCAUUACCAGAACUGCUGUCUGAACUCCUGUCAUACCAUCAUCUUCAUCAGAGGUUCGGCACGAGUCCCUGGAGUUUGGAAGAUACUGAGCUUUAGCUCAGUGAGCUGUCCCGGAUAAACACCCGCCCCCAAUCACAGAGGAGGGAUUCUGUGAUUGACAUGUGAGCAGGUGGCGAAUAAGCCAACAUCCUGAGGAGCCUGAACCUCUCCAUCCUAUUGCUACCCUCUCAGUAAAGGAACAAAGAUCUGUCUGGAAGUUCUCUUUGACCUUUGUGUGAGCUGGAAAGACGAAGUGAAAAAUGCAGGGAACUGUAGCUGGUUACAGCCUGCGCUACUGGCUGACCCUGAUCACAGGGUUGCUGGAGUGUCUGUUAUUUGCCGGCCUGGUGUUUGGCCAUGCCUCCUUGGUGUUUGUGCUGAAGAAAGAGGAAUACUUUGGUUGGCUGUGUGUCGACACUAACAGCACCAUGGAUAGUAAAGACUGUAGUGGUCAGGAUGAGCAGUUCUCACUGGUUUUUACUGUGGCCUCCUUCCUCAACAACUUCCUCACUCUAUUAAAUGGCUACAUAUUUGAUCACUGUGGCACACGGAUGACCAGACUGCUGGCAAUAGCCCUUUUUAGUGGUGGUACCUUGCUGGUGGCCCUCUCUAGCCCAGAAUUUUCACAUCUGCUUUACCCCGCCCUGUCUCUUCUUGCUGUGGGUGGAGUCCUGCUGCUCAUAACUAACAUGCAGGUGGGCAACCUGUUUCCUGCUCAUCGCUCCACCAUCAUCACUUUCUACAACGGUGCCUUUGACUCCUCCUCUGCUGUGCUUCUCAUCGUUAAGAUUCUCUACGAACAGGGAAUCUCUCUCCACACCUCUUUCAUUUUCCUGACAGUCUGCAGCAGCAUUCACGUGGCGAGAACUUUCCUGUUGAUGCCGAAAACCCACAUCCCCUACACUCUGCCUGAAAACUACACCUACGGGACAAACUGUGGAAAAGGAAACACUGACACUGUGGAGGAGACUGAGAUAAAGGAAUGUCCGCCGACACAGGAGUCCCCUGAGACGGAGAACACGUCGCUGGCACCCGAGGGUAGGACAGAGGCUCAAAACACAGAAAAAGUGCAGUCGUUCGGCAGCUGUGUCAAGUCCAGGUUCUUCAUAUUUCACCUGGUGUGGUUGUCCAUCAUGCAGCUGAGACACUACUUCUUCAUUGGCACGCUCAACUCCAUGCUGAACCGGCUGGCUGAUGGUGACUCCAACCUGGUGAGCCAGUACACCAAUGCUUUCGCAAUAACUCAGCUGUGUGGCAUCCUGUGUGCCCCCUGGAAUGGACUCAUCAUGGACAGACACAAGAAGAAGCCUCUGGCUCCGGGAGAGGCGGACCUGCGCUCCUCCUACCUGUCCCUGCUCCUGACUGCCCUGCAGUGCCUCCUCUUCUCUGUGUGCACCUCCAUUGCUUUUCUCCCGCUUCAGUACUUCACCUUUGUCCUGCAGGUCCUCAAUCGCUCCUUCCUUUAUGGGGGGAAUGCAGCCUUCCUUAGCAUCGCCUUUCCAGCCUGUCACUUUGGGAAGCUGUAUGGCCUGGUGAUGGCUGUGUCCGCUGGAGUCUCUGUGCUGCAGUACCCCCUCGUCUCCGUGGUCAGAGAAUACCCCUUUUAUGUGGACAUCGGUCUUAUUUUUCUCACUCUGCUGGCGUUCAUCCAUCCUACAAACGUCUUCAUCCACUGCAGAAAACAAGCCCGCCUCAGGAAGGAGCAUCCUGAGACUCGAGCCAGACUGUAGAGAGACGCUGAGACGAGUGUUUCAGCCUGUAGAAGGUUCGCGCUUCAGGUUCUCUUUGUUCCUGUUCACUGAUUUAAACUAGAAGCACAAGCAUUGAUUUUAAUGUUUUGUUGAUCUUUAUUAAUUCACUUUUGUGAACUGUUUUUUGUAAUAAUUCAAUAAAAUUGUGUUAAACACUUUAUGGUUCAGGAGAAA